AUGAGAGAAGUUAAACUAACAAUCAAUGUUGAAGAAAUACUAAAGGAGUACCAGUCUAUGGAUAGAAACGAUGCAUCUAUCACAUCAGUUAGAGAGAUAAGCCAAAUGGUUAUACUGAAGCGCAUAAUUAAGAAUAAUCUAAAAAUAGAAAGCAAGGAGCUUAGUGAGAAAAAGAAGGAAACUAUUCUAAAAAUAAUCGAGAAUAAUAUUUUUCAGCAUCUUAUAUACAGUUUAAAUGAAGGUUCUAUUAUGCGAACUAUGGUAUCUGAAUUACUGUAUGGAACUGAAGAAAGAGUUAAAGAUGCAUUUAAGCCCCUAGCUAAUACACUUAUAAAUCCAGAUCCGCUUAUAUACAAUCCUGAACAUGGAAUAAAUAGACAGUUUGAUAUGCAUGGAAAACUAGAUAAUAUAGUUCUAUCUAAUGGAGAGCUCGACCUAAGCACUAGAACAUGCACUUUGAUGGUUGACGAUACAAGCUUGGAAAAUAUCCUCCAACUUACCUCAGAGAGCCUGGAUAGAGAGAAUGCUUAUUUUGUCUCGAAUUCAAUGAAUUUAAAGGACAUAGAACUUUUUAAAAAGUAUACAUCUGUAAAAGGACGCUACAGUCUAGAUGACCUAUACACAAAAGAAAAAGACAAAGUUUUAUUGGUAGACUACGGAUUAAAGCUUAUUUACAAAAAGUAUCAUUUAAUCGAUGGUCUAAUUAAGAACAUCAAAGAAAUAGAAAGCUCUGACAACAAUAAAGUACAUAAUAUACCUAAAAAACUCAGCAAUUUGUUUAAAGAUAAAGAGUUAGAAGUAGUCCUCUCUAUUCUCAAUAACGAACAGAAAAUCUGGAGUGAAAAGAUGGUAUACAACAAUAUGCUUAAAUCGUUUGACUAUAUGGCAAGCAACACCGAUAUAUUAGGUGGAAAAGGUGAGCCAAAGGUGCUGAAAAUAAAAGCAGACUUGAGCAACUUUAGUGAAGACUAUAUAGAUGAAAAUGAUGGUUUGUUAGAAAUAAUGACUGACAGAUUAGUAAAACUACGUGAUGAAGGAAAAAUACUAUACAAGUCUGUUGACAACGAAAAAGAAAAGUGGGGUAAAAAAGAAAAGAGUCUGACAGAGUGGAAAAACACAACCGAUCUUGAUCCAGACUCGCAGGAGUACCAGGAGGCAGUAAGAAAAGAGGAAGAAGAGAUAAAAAGUAUACUACACGAAAUUAAUUUCCUAGAUAAUAAGAUAUAUUUAUCAAACUUUGAUACUGAACAAGCAAGAUUAUUUCAUAGAGAUAUUAAUAUUUUUCCAGUUAUCUCAAGUAUAUUACCUGGCUUAAGCCCAGUUCAGAAACAGCACAUUCUCAAGAAAAUGAAAGAACUUGCAAAACUACUAAACGUACGAGUGGUAGUAACAGACGAGCCAGAAUCAGUCGAAAAAAUGGAGGUGGAUGAGCUAAUUGAGCAGCACCAAACACUAGACAUGUCUGGUAAAGCAGAGUCUAGCACAACAGGUGCAAAGGCUCGGACAAGCACUCUUGGAAAAGUAUUAGCUGGUGGCCUUCUUGUACUCGGAUCAAUGGCAUAUGCCAACCAUCAUUCGAAGAGCAAACCAACAACUACUGCAAACAGUGACAGCGAUAGUUUAUAUCAUGUUAUGGACAGCAGACAGCUGAGAAACAUGAACAGUCAUAACAUGUCUUGA